AUGGAGGUUUUUGAGACUAAACAGGUGAAGUUGGUCGCCUACAAGUUGAAGAGCGGCGCUGCAGUUUGGUGGGAUCAGUUACAAACGAAACGGUACAGGCAGGGAAGAGAGCCUGUGAGGACAUGGCGCCGAAUGAAGCAACUGUUGAUGGAGAGAUUCUUGCCACCUAAUUAUGAUCAACAUCUAUUCCGGUCAUAUCAAAACUGUUCGCAGGGAUCUAAGUCCGUGUUUGACUACACGACUGAAUUUAGUCGACUUUCAGAUCGUAAUAAUCUCAAUGAAACCGAAGGUCAGCGCGUAGCCAGAUACAUGAAUGGAUUGAAGCCUUCAAUUCAGGAGAGAAUUGGGUUGCAAGUUGUGUGGAAUGUCGAGGAAGCCUAUAACCUAGCUUUGAAGGCCGAGCAGUUUGAGCAUAAACCGACCAGUUCAGGAUUCCGCCGAGGCCCGGGGGAGUCGUUUGUUCCUUCUUCUAAAAGGGGGAAGGAAAAACAACCAGCGGUUCCAGCAUUUCAAUCAAAAAGUGUUGCUGGUGGUGGAGCGAAGUUUGGAGGACCUAACCAGACAAGUAGCUCUAAUAACAGAAACGUGGCCAAGGAUCCGAACCCUUACGCCAAACCGAGGGGUGACAAGUGCUUUUGGUGUAACAAACCCGGUCACUUGUCUAAUGCAUGUCCAGAUAGGAAAGUAGGCCUGGUAGAAGAAGAAGAGCUUGUUGAGGAUGGCUCUGAGGAUGAUCCUGAUGAUGUGGAUUAUGCCGAAGAAGAUGGGGAGCGGGUCAAUUGUGUGGUUCAAUGGGUGCUGUUCGCGCCAAAAUCAAAGGAUUCCAGCCAAUGUCACAACAUAUUUCAGUCGCGCUGUUUAGUCAACCAGAAAGUUUGUGAUUUGAUUGUGGAUAGCGGAAGUUGCGAGAAUUUUGUGGCGAAGAGACUAGUAGAGCAUCUGAAGUUGCCAACGGAACCCCAUCCUGCGCCUUACAGCAUUGGGUGGAUCAAAAAGGGUCCCACGGUGAAGGUAACUCAAGUCUGUAAACUUCCUCUUUCAAUUGGGAAAUUUUAUAGAGCUAAUGUUAUUUGUGACGUUAUAGAGAUGGAUGCUAGUCAUGUAUUGUUAGGUAGGCCCUGGCAGUUUGAUGUCGACGUUGUUUAUAAGGGUCGUGACAACACUUACUGCUUUAAUUGGGAGUCCCGUAAGGUUGUUAUGGUACCUACCAAUCAUAAGGUGUCUGUCAAGCCAUCUAAAGUAGCGGGGUCCUCGUUUUUAACCGUUGCUAGUUCCGAAGUUGAGUUUGUUGCAGGUUUGAAAGAGUCUAAACAGGUUUAUGCAAUGGUGGUUAAAUCGUUGGUUGUGCACGGAAAGAAUGAGGCAGUGAUUUCAGUGCCUAAACAGAUACAACCGUUACUGGAAGAGUUUGAGGAGCUGGUUGCUGAUGAUGUGCCUAAUGAGCUCCCUCCCAUGAGGGAUAUUCAGCAUCAGAUCGAUUUAGUGCCUGGGGCAAGUCUACCCAAUUUACCACAUUAUCGUAUGAGUCCUAAAGAGAAUGAGAUCUUGAGAGAAAAAGUAGAAGAGCUAUUGCAGAAAGGGCAUAUCCGAGAGAGUCUUAGUCCUUGUGGUGUUCCAGCUUUGUUAACGCCAAAAAAGGAUGGUAGUUGGCGUAUGUGUGUUGAUAGUCGAGCUAUUAACAAGAUUACCAUCAAGUACAGGUUUCCUAUUCCGCGUUUGGAUAAUAUGCUGGAUAUGUUAUAUAGGUCGAAGUGGUUUUCAAAAAUUGACCUGCGAAGUGGGUACCAUCAGAUUCAUAUCCGAUCGGGCGAAAGACAGCGUUCAAAACCAAGGAUGGCCUUUACGAGUGGUUAG